UCCACACGGCGGAGAAACGGCUGCGAAUAAACCUGCGUCCUGCGGGAGAAGUGUGUAGAAACAGCGAGCAUCUCGCUUUGGACGGUUCCGAAAAACAACAUUCCCAUUCUCGAUUUUAUAUCCGCUGCAAAGACACGCACUGGUGGACAGAAACCGGGAGCAUGUCAAGUCAUCGUGGUAACACCGGGCAGGGGCAGCCUGCUCAAGUUUGAGCCUGUCCCAGAAUGCACCAGCUGUUCCGUCUAGUGCUGGGACAGAGAGACCUGUCCCGUGCAGGAGACCUCUUCUCUCUGGAUCACAGCGAGAUUGAAGACUGUCUGUCCCAAGCCCUGGAGGAAAUCAAAGUCAUAUCCUGUUCACCAGACUAUUUGACCAAUGACAAUGACCAAGCGGUGGUGGAGAUCUGCAUCACGCGCAUCACUACAGCCAUUAGGGAAACAGGUUCGAUUGAGAGGCACGGAGCAGCUCUUGUGUCCCUGUGGGAGUCUUGUCUCGAGCAUAACCUCCAGCCGCAGGGCAAAGAUGAAGACACACCCCAUGCCAAGAUCGCCUCCGACAUCACCAGCUGCAUCUUGCAGAAUUACAACAGGCCUCCAGUGAUGGCGUUAGCGGUUCCUGUGGCAGUGCGGUUCUUGCAGCAGGGGAACCAAGAGCUGAGCAGAAACAUGUCCAGCUACUUGUCACUGGCUGCCAUUGCUAAAGCUGAACUCCUGGCCCAACACACAGAGGCCAUCACCCGCAGCGUGCUGGGAGGUAAUGCCAUGCUGCUGAGAGUGCUGCCAUCUGUGUAUCCACGACAGCCAGAGCCCAUCCAUCAACACAUCCGUGAACUGACGGCGAUGAUGUCCCAGUUGGACCAGUCCGGCAGACAGCACCUGCUCAGACUACUGCAGAUGAUCUCUGAGCAUCACCCCUUGGUAUUGUCGUCUUUGGUGCCAUCGUUAAUUGGUUACAUCAGUGACAGUGAUCUCAGUGACACUGCCUUGGGUGUGUUGGUGAACAUGGCUCAGGCAAACCCUGCCUCUCUCGUUUCCUUCCUGUCCACCCUAAGAAAUGUGGGUCAGAAGAACCCUUGGUUGUUGGGACACAUCGCUAAGAUCCAUGGGGCAGUGGGUCUGACUAGUGAGGUCCAGGCUCACGGGGCGCUGCAGUAUCUGGUGUCUCUGUUAGCAAGUAUGGAGCACAGUGCCCAUCACACACUACUGCUGGAAAUCCGCUGCCUGACCGAUCGCUACACCUCCAUCCUGGGAGGUGGAGUAAAAGACAUCUACCGCAUGAGCAACAGUUUCACCGCCAUUGCGCGACUGUUGGGACGCAAGCUGGAAGAUGACAGUACACUUAGCAGAGAGGAGGAGAAGGUGCAGGAUUUGUCCAGGCCAUGUGAGGCCGAGUCUAGUUCUGACAUGUUUGCUGAGAACCAGCGUCUGCAGGUGAAGAUCCAGGCUUUCGAGCAGAAGAUGGGCGAUGAGGUGGAGGAGUUUGAGGGAGAGGGUGCUUCCCCUGGUCCUCAGAGACGCCACAGUCUGUGUCAGGCAGCACAAGACGAGCGCAGAGAGAUGAGGUUCAACAGGUCAAAGAGUCUGGCUCUUCACGCUGUACGCACACGAUCCAUUAACUCUGACAGCAGUCCAGAGGGAGAAGGGGUGGAUCUGAGCGCAGAACUCUGUGUCUGUGAGGCCAGUCCCAGCCCAGAGACCCGUCCUGCCCUCAAGACCCUGCAGGAGAGCCACAAACUCACAGAGACUCAACCUGACACAUCUCCAAACAUUGAGGGGCAAAAGGUGCUGGUUGGAGACCCCCAGGAGGGAGAUAGACUCUGGAUCCAUCUAAGAGACAACAUGGAAGAAAUCAAAAACUUCUGUGUGGAAAUGAUCAAACAAAUCCCCAUACCUGAGCACUGUGUCAUUGAAGACUCACAUCGUGGCUGUGUAGCUAAGUUGUCCUUCUCCUGUCCACUGAAAGGACACUACUGCCUCUACGGGAAGUCCUGUUUCUCUCUGUGUAGCCACCAGCCACACCUCUGGAUCCAAAUCAUGCUACUGGCACUGCAGAGUAAAGUGAGCGAGGCGUUGUGCUGUCAGGAUGAGUGUGUUAAGCAGCUGAGGAAACUUUGGGAGAAAACACAGCUGACGGGAGCUCACAGCUUUGAACUGGCCAUGACCCAGGCAACUGUUCCUCACAAGAAGGAUGUGGACAGUUUGCAGAUGUAUCUGGAAGAGGUCCGUUUCUUUGACCUGUUCAGCUACAGUGAAGAGGAGGGUGGCUGGCUUUGUUUCAUGUGCAGUAACCCUGAGAAAGCCACAGUUGUUAACCAGGAUGGCCAGCCACUCAUUGAGGGGAAGCUGAAGGAGAAACAAGUGCGCUGGAAGUUCAUCAAAAGGUGGAAAACACGUUAUUUCACCCUUGCCGGCAACCAGCUUCUCUUUCGAAGAGGAAAAUCGAAGGAUGAACUGGACAACAGCACAAUUGAACUUAGCAAAGUGCAAAGUGUUAAGGUGGUUGCAAAGAAAAGGCGUGACCGCAGGCUGCCCAGAGCCUUCGAGAUCUUCACUGACAACAAAACCUAUGUGCUGAAAGCUCAAGAUGAGAAGAAUGCGGAAGAGUGGCUGCAGUGCAUCAAUGUGGCUGUGGCGCAGGCCAAAGAACGUGAGAACCGCGAGGCCACCACAUAUCUGUGAUGCUUGUUCUGAUGAUCAAAAGCCAGAUGGGUAUGUCUUAUUGCCACGUUAACCCACUAACCCAUGUUUGAGAAACCCUUGAAUUUUACUGCCAGCUCCUCUGCGCUCUCAGUAUACAGCAAGAGCCAAUAUCAUGUUGACAGCAAUAAUAUCAUACUACAUUUAGCACUUUCAUCAAAUCACGUGAACUGUUACAUCAUAUAAAAUAAUUAAGCUGGAUUGAUUUCACAAAAGGACCAAAAGCAUCAAGAAGUGCCUCUAAUAAUCAGCAGAUGAAAUCAUUCACCACUGGGGAUACGAAUGUGUAAAUGGAAUGGCAAAACAGAUCUUGGUACACACUGUUCUUUGGCCGCAGGAACUUGCGUGUCAGAAAUGUUGAUCAAUGUCUCCUUGAAUAACACAGAGGACCUCUCCAAAGUUCUAGAGAACCGCAGAACAAUGGCGGUGAAAGAAAUUCGUUCCACUGGUAUCUGUUUCAGAGCUGUGUUUCAUGCGCUGGGGUGGGCUUUCAUGUCUUAAGGCAAAGUUUGUCCCUUUUUCUCCAUGGAUGAAUACUAGUUAUGUUGUACAGUAACAGUGACUCAGAUUGAAGCCUUUUAUCUAUUUAUAGUAAUAAUUAUUUUGUCAUGCAAAGACACAUUGGGUCUCUUACAAUAAGUUCUGCCCUGUGACAAAUGGUUUUGGCUCUAUAAUGUUUAGAUUCAGAGAGAACAGAGGGUGAAAUUAUAUCUCAAAUCAAUCAGAAUGCAAUCAUUUUUUUCUGCUUCAGUGUUGAUGAAGUUACUGUGGUUUGGCUUCUGAAGAUUAUCGUGCUUCUGGACACUAAUCAUGAUUU